AUGAAGUACUCGCUUGCUUCUGCUGCAUACUUGCUCUCCCUUGCGGAGUGUCUGUCUCUCCCCCCACUCAUUCCCACUAUCCCGGGGAUUACGGAGCCUCUGACUACGAAUGCACCGCCAUUGCCGAUCUUGCAAAUUCCGACCCCUCCCCUGGAGAGUCCUCCCUUUACUCCAAGUAAUAUCAAGCCCAAGAAGAUAGGUUACUUCUGGACUGGAUCCGGAGACAAGUUCCACAAGGACUUCCUUGCUACCUACAGCUUGGAUGAUGAUACUUUUGGAACCCUUUUAUGGGUGACUGAUGUGCCGUCCAGUGGCAAUGAUCCUCAUCACUUGGGACCCUCCCUCGAUGGAAAGACGCUAUUUGGUGGUGGGUUGCUCUCGCUUCUCAAGACACAGGACACUGCGUUCUACUUCGAUACCUCCAACCCAUAUCGCCCGACGUUCAAGAAGAGCAACCGUGCCCUGCUGUCAUCAAUUGCGGAUGAGGUUCGAGCUAAACCCGACGGGGGAUUCUUCAUUACCUACAUGGGCUCUGCUCUGGGCACCACGCCCGGCCGUCUGAUCGAGACUGAUGAGAACUUCGAUAUCAUCCACGAAUGGCCGGAGGAUGUGGAGGGCACCUUGAAUAUCUUGGGAGAGCAAUUCUCUCCUCACGGACUGAGCAUUGACUGGAAGAAUAAGCUAAUUCUCACGUCGGACUUUGUGGAGCCUAUCUCGAUUCUGAAGCCUACUACUGGUGUCCGCCGUGCUAACACUCUUCGCCUCUGGGAUCUUGACAGCCGCAAGAUUCUCAGCACUUUGACUAUUCCUGACGGUGGCGGUAUACAAGACGUCAAAUUCAUCCCUGGUCACCCAGAAGCUGCUGCUCUCGCGACUGCCGUCCACCUUGGCCAGGUUUGGGUCAUCUACCCUCUGCGCAAGGAUUCGAAUGGGAAUCAGGGUGUUAUCGAGGAGCUCUACGACCUUGGACCCAAGGCUCGAGACACUGUUGCUAUCUACACGGACAUUAGCCAGGAUGGGCGCUUCUACUACCUGACCCUCACCACCGCCAAUCACAUUGCUGCUCUCGAUAUCAGCGACUUGAGCAACGUUAAGCGGCUGGACGACCCUGAUGAGGAUCAGCCUACCGUGGGUCCCCACUACGUUAAGGUGACUCCUGACCAGAAGCAUCUGGUUGUCACCGACUACUUCGUUCAGACCGGCGAGAUUGGCAUUAUCAAUACGCCCGCUGAUUUCAAGGCGCUGUACAUCGACAUCAACGACGAUGGUAGCCUGAGCUUCAACCGCACUAUUGACUUCAGUAAGGAGUUCUCCGACCGCGGUGGUGCCAAACCCCACUCCAGCGUCAUCUUUGACCUUAGCGACCCCGAAAACCCUCUCUAUUACUAA